AUGCACCCACUCUAUCAGUGCAUGCACCCACUCUAUCACUGCAUGCACCCCACUCUAUCACUGCAUGCACCCACUCUAUCAGUGCAUGCACCCACUCUAUCAGUGCAUGCACCCACUCUAUCAGUGCAUGCACCCACUCUAUCAGUGCAUGCACCCACUCUAUCAGUGCAUGCACCCACUCUAUCAGUGCAUGCACCCACUCUAUCAGUGCAUGCACCCACUCUAUCAGUGCAUGCACCCACUCUAUCAGUGCAUGCACCCACUCUAUCAGUGCAUGCACCCACUCUAUCAGUGCAUGCACCCACUCUAUCAGUGCAUGCACCCACUCUAUCAGUGCAUGCACCCACUCUAUCAGUGCAUGCACCCACUCUAUCAGUGCAUGCACCCACUCUAUCAGUGCAUGCACCCACUCUAUCAGUGCAUGCACCCACUCUAUCAGUGCAUGCACCCACUCUAUCAGUGCAUGCACCCACUCUAUCAGUGCAUGCACCCACUCUAUCAGUGCAUGCACCCACUCUAUCAGUGCAUGCACCCACUCUAUCAGUGCAUGCACCCACUCUAUCAGUGCAUGCACCCACUCUAUCAGUGCAUGCACCCACUCUAUCAGUGCAUGCACCCACUCUAUCAGUGCAUGCACCCACUCUAUCAGUGCAUGCACCCACUCUAUCAGUGCAUGCACCCACUCUAUCAGUGCAUGCACCCACUCUAUCAGUGCAUGCACCCACUCUAUCAGUGCAUGCACCCACUCUAUCAGUGCAUGCACCCACUCUAUCAGUGCAUGCACCCACUCUAUCAGUGCAUGCACCCACUCUAUCAGUGCAUGCACCCACUCUAUCAGUGCAUGCACCCACUCUAUCAGUGCAUGCACCCACUCUAUCAGUGCAUGCACCCACUCUAUCAGUGCAUGCACCCACUCUAUCAGUGCAUGCACCCACUCUAUCAGUGCAUGCACCCACUCUAUCAGUGCAUGCACCCACUCUAUCAGUGCAUGCACCCACUCUAUCAGUGCAUGCACCCACUCUAUCAGUGCAUGCACCCACUCUAUCAGUGCAUGCACCCACUCUAUCAGUGCAUGCACCCACUCUAUCAGUGCAUGCACCCACUCUAUCAGUGCAUGCACCCACUCUAUCAGUGCAUGCACCCACUCUAUCAGUGCAUGCACCCACUCUAUCAGUGCAUGCACCCACUCUAUCAGUGCAUGCACCCACUCUAUCAGUGCAUGCACCCACUCUAUCAGUGCAUGCACCCACUCUAUCAGUGCAUGCACCCACUCUAUCAGUGCAUGCACCCACUCUAUCAGUGCAUGCACCCACUCUAUCAGUGCAUGCACCCACUCUAUCAGUGCAUGCACCCACUCUAUCAGUGCAUGCACCCACUCUAUCAGUGCAUGCACCCACUCUAUCAGUGCAUGCACCCACUCUAUCAGUGCAUGCACCCACUCUAUCAGUGCAUGCACCCACUCUAUCAGUGCAUGCACCCACUCUAUCAGUGCAUGCACCCACUCUAUCAGUGCAUGCACCCACUCUAUCAGUGCAUGCACCCACUCUAUCAGUGCAUGCACCCACUCUAUCAGUGCAUGCACCCACUCUAUCAGUGCAUGCACCCACUCUAUCAGUGCAUGCACCCACUCUAUCAGUGCAUGCACCCACUCUAUCAGUGCAUGCACCCACUCUAUCAGUGCAUGCACCCACUCUAUCAGUGCAUGCACCCACUCUAUCAGUGCAUGCACCCACUCUAUCAGUGCAUGCACCCACUCUAUCAGUGCAUGCACCCACUCUAUCAGUGCAUGCACCCACUCUAUCAGUGCAUGCACCCACUCUAUCAGUGCAUGCACCCACUCUAUCAGUGCAUGCACCCACUCUAUCAGUGCAUGCACCCACUCUAUCAGUGCAUGCACCCACUCUAUCAGUGCAUGCACCCACUCUAUCAGUGCAUGCACCCACUCUAUCAGUGCAUGCACCCACUCUAUCAGUGCAUGCACCCACUCUAUCAGUGCAUGCACCCACUCUAUCAGUGCAUGCACCCACUCUAUCAGUGCAUGCACCCACUCUAUCAGUGCAUGCACCCACUCUAUCAGUGCAUGCACCCACUCUAUCAGUGCAUGCACCCACUCUAUCAGUGCAUGCACCCACUCUAUCAGUGCAUGCACCCACUCUAUCAGUGCAUGCACCCACUCUAUCAGUGCAUGCACCCACUCUAUCAUGCAUGCACCCACUCUACUCUGCACCCACUCUAUCAGUGCAUGCACCCACUCUAUCAGUGCAUGCACCCACUCUAUCAGUGCAUGCACCCACUCUAUCAGUGCAUGCACCCACUCUAUCAGUGCAUGCACCCACUCUAUCAGUGCAUGCACCCACUCUAUCAGUGCAUGCACCCACUCUAUCAGUGCAUGCACCCACUCUAUCAGUGCAUGCACCCACUCUAUCAGUGCAUGCACCCACUCUAUCAGUGCAUGCACCCACUCUAUCAGUGCAUGCACCCACUCUAUCAGUGCAUGCACCCACUCUAUCAGUGCAUGCACCCACUCUAUCAGUGCAUGCACCCACUCUAUCAGUGCAUGCACCCACUCUAUCAGUGCAUGCACCCACUCUAUCAGUGCAUGCACCCACUCUAUCAGUGCAUGCACCCACUCUAUCAGUGCAUGCACCCACUCUAUCAGUGCAUGCACCCACUCUAUCAGUGCAUGCACCCACUCUAUCAGUGCAUGCACCCACUCUAUCAGUGCAUGCACCCACUCUAUCAGUGCAUGCACCCACUCUAUCAGUGCAUGCACCCACUCUAUCAGUGCAUGCACCCACUCUAUCAGUGCAUGCACCCACUCUAUCAGUGCAUGCACCCACUCUAUCAGUGCAUGCACCCACUCUAUCAGUGCAUGCACCCACUCUAUCAGUGCAUGCACCCACUCUAUCAGUGCAUGCACCCACUCUAUCAGUGCAUGCACCCACUCUAUCAGUGCAUGCACCCACUCUAUCAGUGCAUGCACCCACUCUAUCAGUGCAUGCACCCACUCUAUCAGUGCAUGCACCCACUCUAUCAGUGCAUGCACCCACUCUAUCAGUGCAUGCACCCACUCUAUCAGUGCAUGCACCCACUCUAUCAGUGCAUGCACCCACUCUAUCAGUGCAUGCACCCACUCUAUCAGUGCAUGCACCCACUCUAUCAGUGCAUGCACCCACUCUAUCAGUGCAUGCACCCACUCUAUCAGUGCAUGCACCCACUCUAUCAGUGCAUGCACCCACUCUAUCAGUGCAUGCACCCACUCUAUCAGUGCAUGCACCCACUCUAUCAGUGCAUGCACCCACUCUAUCAGUGCAUGCACCCACUCUAUCAGUGCAUGCACCCACUCUAUCAGUGCAUGCACCCACUCUAUCAGUGCAUGCACCCACUCUAUCAGUGCAUGCACCCACUCUAUCAGUGCAUGCACCCACUCUAUCAGUGCAUGCACCCACUCUAUCAGUGCAUGCACCCACUCUAUCAGUGCAUGCACCCACUCUAUCAGUGCAUGCACCCACUCUAUCAGUGCAUGCACCCACUCUAUCAGUGCAUGCACCCACUCUAUCAGUGCAUGCACCCACUCUAUCAGUGCAUGCACCCACUCUAUCAGUGCAUGCACCCACUCUAUCAGUGCAUGCACCCACUCUAUCAGUGCAUGCACCCACUCUAUCAGUGCAUGCACCCACUCUAUCAGUGCAUGCACCCACUCUAUCAGUGCAUGCACCCACUCUAUCAGUGCAUGCACCCACUCUAUCAGUGCAUGCACCCACUCUAUCAGUGCAUGCACCCACUCUAUCAGUGCAUGCACCCACUCUAUCAGUGCAUGCACCCACUCUAUCAGUGCAUGCACCCACUCUAUCAGUGCAUGCACCCACUCUAUCAGUGCAUGCACCCACUCUAUCAGUGCAUGCACCCACUCUAUCAGUGCAUGCACCCACUCUAUCAGUGCAUGCACCCACUCUAUCAGUGCAUGCACCCACUCUAUCAGUGCAUGCACCCACUCUAUCAGUGCAUGCACCCACUCUAUCAGUGCAUGCACCCACUCUAUCAGUGCAUGCACCCACUCUAUCAGUGCAUGCACCCACUCUAUCAGUGCAUGCACCCACUCUAUCAGUGCAUGCACCCACUCUAUCAGUGCAUGCACCCACUCUAUCAGUGCAUGCACCCACUCUAUCAGUGCAUGCACCCACUCUAUCAGUGCAUGCACCCACUCUAUCAGUGCAUGCACCCACUCUAUCAGUGCAUGCACCCACUCUAUCAGUGCAUGCACCCACUCUAUCAGUGCAUGCACCCACUCUAUCAGUGCAUGCACCCACUCUAUCAGUGCAUGCACCCACUCUAUCAGUGCAUGCACCCACUCUAUCAGUGCAUGCACCCACUCUAUCAGUGCAUGCACCCACUCUAUCAGUGCAUGCACCCACUCUAUCAGUGCAUGCACCCACUCUAUCAGUGCAUGCACCCACUCUAUCAGUGCAUGCACCCACUCUAUCAGUGCAUGCACCCACUCUAUCAGUGCAUGCACCCACUCUAUCAGUGCAUGCACCCACUCUAUCAGUGCAUGCACCCACUCUAUCAGUGCAUGCACCCACUCUAUCAGUGCAUGCACCCACUCUAUCAGUGCAUGCACCCACUCUAUCAGUGCAUGCACCCACUCUAUCAGUGCAUGCACCCACUCUAUCAGUGCAUGCACCCACUCUAUCAGUGCAUGCACCCACUCUAUCAGUGCAUGCACCCACUCUAUCAGUGCAUGCACCCACUCUAUCAGUGCAUGCACCCACUCUAUCAGUGCAUGCACCCACUCUAUCAGUGCAUGCACCCACUCUAUCAGUGCAUGCACCCACUCUAUCAGUGCAUGCACCCACUCUAUCAGUGCAUGCACCCACUCUAUCAGUGCAUGCACCCACUCUAUCAGUGCAUGCACCCACUCUAUCAGUGCAUGCACCCACUCUAUCAGUGCAUGCACCCACUCUAUCAGUGCAUGCACCCACUCUAUCAGUGCAUGCACCCACUCUAUCAGUGCAUGCACCCACUCUAUCAGUGCAUGCACCCACUCUAUCAGUGCAUGCACCCACUCUAUCAGUGCAUGCACCCACUCUAUCAGUGCAUGCACCCACUCUAUCAGUGCAUGCACCCACUCUAUCAGUGCAUGCACCCACUCUAUCAGUGCAUGCACCCACUCUAUCAGUGCAUGCACCCACUCUAUCAGUGCAUGCACCCACUCUAUCAGUGCAUGCACCCACUCUAUCAGUGCAUGCACCCACUCUAUCAGUGCAUGCACCCACUCUAUCAGUGCAUGCACCCACUCUAUCAGUGCAUGCACCCACUCUAUCAGUGCAUGCACCCACUCUAUCAGUGCAUGCACCCACUCUAUCAGUGCAUGCACCCACUCUAUCAGUGCAUGCACCCACUCUAUCAGUGCAUGCACCCACUCUAUCAGUGCAUGCACCCACUCUAUCAGUGCAUGCACCCACUCUAUCAGUGCAUGCACCCACUCUAUCAGUGCAUGCACCCACUCUAUCAGUGCAUGCACCCACUCUAUCAGUGCAUGCACCCACUCUAUCAGUGCAUGCACCCACUCUAUCAGUGCAUGCACCCACUCUAUCAGUGCAUGCACCCACUCUAUCAGUGCAUGCACCCACUCUAUCAGUGCAUGCACCCACUCUAUCAGUGCAUGCACCCACUCUAUCAGUGCAUGCACCCACUCUAUCAGUGCAUGCACCCACUCUAUCAGUGCAUGCACCCACUCUAUCAGUGCAUGCACCCACUCUAUCAGUGCAUGCACCCACUCUAUCAGUGCAUGCACCCACUCUAUCAGUGCAUGCACCCACUCUAUCAGUGCAUGCACCCACUCUAUCAGUGCAUGCACCCACUCUAUCAGUGCAUGCACCCACUCUAUCAGUGCAUGCACCCACUCUAUCAGUGCAUGCACCCACUCUAUCAGUGCAUGCACCCACUCUAUCAGUGCAUGCACCCACUCUAUCAGUGCAUGCACCCACUCUAUCAGUGCAUGCACCCACUCUAUCAGUGCAUGCACCCACUCUAUCAGUGCAUGCACCCACUCUAUCAGUGCAUGCACCCACUCUAUCAGUGCAUGCACCCACUCUAUCAGUGCAUGCACCCACUCUAUCAGUGCAUGCACCCACUCUAUCAGUGCAUGCACCCACUCUAUCAGUGCAUGCACCCACUCUAUCAGUGCAUGCACCCACUCUAUCAGUGCAUGCACCCACUCUAUCAGUGCAUGCACCCACUCUAUCAGUGCAUGCACCCACUCUAUCAGUGCAUGCACCCACUCUAUCAGUGCAUGCACCCACUCUAUCAGUGCAUGCACCCACUCUAUCAGUGCAUGCACCCACUCUAUCAGUGCAUGCACCCACUCUAUCAGUGCAUGCACCCACUCUAUCAGUGCAUGCACCCACUCUAUCAGUGCAUGCACCCACUCUAUCAGUGCAUGCACCCACUCUAUCAGUGCAUGCACCCACUCUAUCAGUGCAUGCACCCACUCUAUCAGUGCAUGCACCCACUCUAUCAGUGCAUGCACCCACUCUAUCAGUGCAUGCACCCACUCUAUCAGUGCAUGCACCCACUCUAUCAGUGCAUGCACCCACUCUAUCAGUGCAUGCACCCACUCUAUCAGUGCAUGCACCCACUCUAUCAGUGCAUGCACCCACUCUAUCAGUGCAUGCACCCACUCUAUCAGUGCAUGCACCCACUCUAUCAGUGCAUGCACCCACUCUAUCAGUGCAUGCACCCACUCUAUCAGUGCAUGCACCCACUCUAUCAGUGCAUGCACCCACUCUAUCAGUGCAUGCACCCACUCUAUCAGUGCAUGCACCCACUCUAUCAGUGCAUGCACCCACUCUAUCAGUGCAUGCACCCACUCUAUCAGUGCAUGCACCCACUCUAUCAGUGCAUGCACCCACUCUAUCAGUGCAUGCACCCACUCUAUCAGUGCAUGCACCCACUCUAUCAGUGCAUGCACCCACUCUAUCAGUGCAUGCACCCACUCUAUCAGUGCAUGCACCCACUCUAUCAGUGCAUGCACCCACUCUAUCAGUGCAUGCACCCACUCUAUCAGUGCAUGCACCCACUCUAUCAGUGCAUGCACCCACUCUAUCAGUGCAUGCACCCACUCUAUCAGUGCAUGCACCCACUCUAUCAGUGCAUGCACCCACUCUAUCAGUGCAUGCACCCACUCUAUCAGUGCAUGCACCCACUCUAUCAGUGCAUGCACCCACUCUAUCAGUGCAUGCACCCACUCUAUCAGUGCAUGCACCCACUCUAUCAGUGCAUGCACCCACUCUAUCAGUGCAUGCACCCACUCUAUCAGUGCAUGCACCCACUCUAUCAGUGCAUGCACCCACUCUAUCAGUGCAUGCACCCACUCUAUCAGUGCAUGCACCCACUCUAUCAGUGCAUGCACCCACUCUAUCAGUGCAUGCACCCACUCUAUCAGUGCAUGCACCCACUCUAUCAGUGCAUGCACCCACUCUAUCAGUGCAUGCACCCACUCUAUCAGUGCAUGCACCCACUCUAUCAGUGCAUGCACCCACUCUAUCAGUGCAUGCACCCACUCUAUCAGUGCAUGCACCCACUCUAUCAGUGCAUGCACCCACUCUAUCAGUGCAUGCACCCACUCUAUCAGUGCAUGCACCCACUCUAUCAGUGCAUGCACCCACUCUAUCAGUGCAUGCACCCACUCUAUCAGUGCAUGCACCCACUCUAUCAGUGCAUGCACCCACUCUAUCAGUGCAUGCACCCACUCUAUCAGUGCAUGCACCCACUCUAUCAGUGCAUGCACCCACUCUAUCAGUGCAUGCACCCACUCUAUCAGUGCAUGCACCCACUCUAUCAGUGCAUGCACCCACUCUAUCAGUGCAUGCACCCACUCUAUCAGUGCAUGCACCCACUCUAUCAGUGCAUGCACCCACUCUAUCAGUGCAUGCACCCACUCUAUCAGUGCAUGCACCCACUCUAUCAGUGCAUGCACCCACUCUAUCAGUGCAUGCACCCACUCUAUCAGUGCAUGCACCCACUCUAUCAGUGCAUGCACCCACUCUAUCAGUGCAUGCACCCACUCUAUCAGUGCAUGCACCCACUCUAUCAGUGCAUGCACCCACUCUAUCAGUGCAUGCACCCACUCUAUCAGUGCAUGCACCCACUCUAUCAGUGCAUGCACCCACUCUAUCAGUGCAUGCACCCACUCUAUCAGUGCAUGCACCCACUCUAUCAGUGCAUGCACCCACUCUAUCAGUGCAUGCACCCACUCUAUCAGUGCAUGCACCCACUCUAUCAGUGCAUGCACCCACUCUAUCAGUGCAUGCACCCACUCUAUCAGUGCAUGCACCCACUCUAUCAGUGCAUGCACCCACUCUAUCAGUGCAUGCACCCACUCUAUCAGUGCAUGCACCCACUCUAUCAGUGCAUGCACCCACUCUAUCAGUGCAUGCACCCACUCUAUCAGUGCAUGCACCCACUCUAUCAGUGCAUGCACCCACUCUAUCAGUGCAUGCACCCACUCUAUCAGUGCAUGCACCCACUCUAUCAGUGCAUGCACCCACUCUAUCAGUGCAUGCACCCACUCUAUCAGUGCAUGCACCCACUCUAUCAGUGCAUGCACCCACUCUAUCAGUGCAUGCACCCACUCUAUCAGUGCAUGCACCCACUCUAUCAGUGCAUGCACCCACUCUAUCAGUGCAUGCACCCACUCUAUCAGUGCAUGCACCCACUCUAUCAGUGCAUGCACCCACUCUAUCAGUGCAUGCACCCACUCUAUCAGUGCAUGCACCCACUCUAUCAGUGCAUGCACCCACUCUAUCAGUGCAUGCACCCACUCUAUCAGUGCAUGCACCCACUCUAUCAGUGCAUGCACCCACUCUAUCAGUGCAUGCACCCACUCUAUCAGUGCAUGCACCCACUCUAUCAGUGCAUGCACCCACUCUAUCAGUGCAUGCACCCACUCUAUCAGUGCAUGCACCCACUCUAUCAGUGCAUGCACCCACUCUAUCAGUGCAUGCACCCACUCUAUCAGUGCAUGCACCCACUCUAUCAGUGCAUGCACCCACUCUAUCAGUGCAUGCACCCACUCUAUCAGUGCAUGCACCCACUCUAUCAGUGCAUGCACCCACUCUAUCAGUGCAUGCACCCACUCUAUCAGUGCAUGCACCCACUCUAUCAGUGCAUGCACCCACUCUAUCAGUGCAUGCACCCACUCUAUCAGUGCAUGCACCCACUCUAUCAGUGCAUGCACCCACUCUAUCAGUGCAUGCACCCACUCUAUCAGUGCAUGCACCCACUCUAUCAGUGCAUGCACCCACUCUAUCAGUGCAUGCACCCACUCUAUCAGUGCAUGCACCCACUCUAUCAGUGCAUGCACCCACUCUAUCAGUGCAUGCACCCACUCUAUCAGUGCAUGCACCCACUCUAUCAGUGCAUGCACCCACUCUAUCAGUGCAUGCACCCACUCUAUCAGUGCAUGCACCCACUCUAUCAGUGCAUGCACCCACUCUAUCAGUGCAUGCACCCACUCUAUCAGUGCAUGCACCCACUCUAUCAGUGCAUGCACCCACUCUAUCAGUGCAUGCACCCACUCUAUCAGUGCAUGCACCCACUCUAUCAGUGCAUGCACCCACUCUAUCAGUGCAUGCACCCACUCUAUCAGUGCAUGCACCCACUCUAUCAGUGCAUGCACCCACUCUAUCAGUGCAUGCACCCACUCUAUCAGUGCAUGCACCCACUCUAUCAGUGCAUGCACCCACUCUAUCAGUGCAUGCACCCACUCUAUCAGUGCAUGCACCCACUCUAUCAGUGCAUGCACCCACUCUAUCAGUGCAUGCACCCACUCUAUCAGUGCAUGCACCCACUCUAUCAGUGCAUGCACCCACUCUAUCAGUGCAUGCACCCACUCUAUCAGUGCAUGCACCCACUCUAUCAGUGCAUGCACCCACUCUAUCAGUGCAUGCACCCACUCUAUCAGUGCAUGCACCCACUCUAUCAGUGCAUGCACCCACUCUAUCAGUGCAUGCACCCACUCUAUCAGUGCAUGCACCCACUCUAUCAGUGCAUGCACCCACUCUAUCAGUGCAUGCACCCACUCUAUCAGUGCAUGCACCCACUCUAUCAGUGCAUGCACCCACUCUAUCAGUGCAUGCACCCACUCUAUCAGUGCAUGCACCCACUCUAUCAGUGCAUGCACCCACUCUAUCAGUGCAUGCACCCACUCUAUCAGUGCAUGCACCCACUCUAUCAGUGCAUGCACCCACUCUAUCAGUGCAUGCACCCACUCUAUCAGUGCAUGCACCCACUCUAUCAGUGCAUGCACCCACUCUAUCAGUGCAUGCACCCACUCUAUCAGUGCAUGCACCCACUCUAUCAGUGCAUGCACCCACUCUAUCAGUGCAUGCACCCACUCUAUCAGUGCAUGCACCCACUCUAUCAGUGCAUGCACCCACUCUAUCAGUGCAUGCACCCACUCUAUCAGUGCAUGCACCCACUCUAUCAGUGCAUGCACCCACUCUAUCAGUGCAUGCACCCACUCUAUCAGUGCAUGCACCCACUCUAUCAGUGCAUGCACCCACUCUAUCAGUGCAUGCACCCACUCUAUCAGUGCAUGCACCCACUCUAUCAGUGCAUGCACCCACUCUAUCAGUGCAUGCACCCACUCUAUCAGUGCAUGCACCCACUCUAUCAGUGCAUGCACCCACUCUAUCAGUGCAUGCACCCACUCUAUCAGUGCAUGCACCCACUCUAUCAGUGCAUGCACCCACUCUAUCAGUGCAUGCACCCACUCUAUCAGUGCAUGCACCCACUCUAUCAGUGCAUGCACCCACUCUAUCAGUGCAUGCACCCACUCUAUCAGUGCAUGCACCCACUCUAUCAGUGCAUGCACCCACUCUAUCAGUGCAUGCACCCACUCUAUCAGUGCAUGCACCCACUCUAUCAGUGCAUGCACCCACUCUAUCAGUGCAUGCACCCACUCUAUCAGUGCAUGCACCCACUCUAUCAGUGCAUGCACCCACUCUAUCAGUGCAUGCACCCACUCUAUCAGUGCAUGCACCCACUCUAUCAGUGCAUGCACCCACUCUAUCAGUGCAUGCACCCACUCUAUCAGUGCAUGCACCCACUCUAUCAGUGCAUGCACCCACUCUAUCAGUGCAUGCACCCACUCUAUCAGUGCAUGCACCCACUCUAUCAGUGCAUGCACCCACUCUAUCAGUGCAUGCACCCACUCUAUCAGUGCAUGCACCCACUCUAUCAGUGCAUGCACCCACUCUAUCAGUGCAUGCACCCACUCUAUCAGUGCAUGCACCCACUCUAUCAGUGCAUGCACCCACUCUAUCAGUGCAUGCACCCACUCUAUCAGUGCAUGCACCCACUCUAUCAGUGCAUGCACCCACUCUAUCAGUGCAUGCACCCACUCUAUCAGUGCAUGCACCCACUCUAUCAGUGCAUGCACCCACUCUAUCAGUGCAUGCACCCACUCUAUCAGUGCAUGCACCCACUCUAUCAGUGCAUGCACCCACUCUAUCAGUGCAUGCACCCACUCUAUCAGUGCAUGCACCCACUCUAUCAGUGCAUGCACCCACUCUAUCAGUGCAUGCACCCACUCUAUCAGUGCAUGCACCCACUCUAUCAGUGCAUGCACCCACUCUAUCAGUGCAUGCACCCACUCUAUCAGUGCAUGCACCCACUCUAUCAGUGCAUGCACCCACUCUAUCAGUGCAUGCACCCACUCUAUCAGUGCAUGCACCCACUCUAUCAGUGCAUGCACCCACUCUAUCAGUGCAUGCACCCACUCUAUCAGUGCAUGCACCCACUCUAUCAGUGCAUGCACCCACUCUAUCAGUGCAUGCACCCACUCUAUCAGUGCAUGCACCCACUCUAUCAGUGCAUGCACCCACUCUAUCAGUGCAUGCACCCACUCUAUCAGUGCAUGCACCCACUCUAUCAGUGCAUGCACCCACUCUAUCAGUGCAUGCACCCACUCUAUCAGUGCAUGCACCCACUCUAUCAGUGCAUGCACCCACUCUAUCAGUGCAUGCACCCACUCUAUCAGUGCAUGCACCCACUCUAUCAGUGCAUGCACCCACUCUAUCAGUGCAUGCACCCACUCUAUCAGUGCAUGCACCCACUCUAUCAGUGCAUGCACCCACUCUAUCAGUGCAUGCACCCACUCUAUCAGUGCAUGCACCCACUCUAUCAGUGCAUGCACCCACUCUAUCAGUGCAUGCACCCACUCUAUCAGUGCAUGCACCCACUCUAUCAGUGCAUGCACCCACUCUAUCAGUGCAUGCACCCACUCUAUCAGUGCAUGCACCCACUCUAUCAGUGCAUGCACCCACUCUAUCAGUGCAUGCACCCACUCUAUCAGUGCAUGCACCCACUCUAUCAGUGCAUGCACCCACUCUAUCAGUGCAUGCACCCACUCUAUCAGUGCAUGCACCCACUCUAUCAGUGCAUGCACCCACUCUAUCAGUGCAUGCACCCACUCUAUCAGUGCAUGCACCCACUCUAUCAGUGCAUGCACCCACUCUAUCAGUGCAUGCACCCACUCUAUCAGUGCAUGCACCCACUCUAUCAGUGCAUGCACCCACUCUAUCAGUGCAUGCACCCACUCUAUCAGUGCAUGCACCCACUCUAUCAGUGCAUGCACCCACUCUAUCAGUGCAUGCACCCACUCUAUCAGUGCAUGCACCCACUCUAUCAGUGCAUGCACCCACUCUAUCAGUGCAUGCACCCACUCUAUCAGUGCAUGCACCCACUCUAUCAGUGCAUGCACCCACUCUAUCAGUGCAUGCACCCACUCUAUCAGUGCAUGCACCCACUCUAUCAGUGCAUGCACCCACUCUAUCAGUGCAUGCACCCACUCUAUCAGUGCAUGCACCCACUCUAUCAGUGCAUGCACCCACUCUAUCAGUGCAUGCACCCACUCUAUCAGUGCAUGCACCCACUCUAUCAGUGCAUGCACCCACUCUAUCAGUGCAUGCACCCACUCUAUCAGUGCAUGCACCCACUCUAUCAGUGCAUGCACCCACUCUAUCAGUGCAUGCACCCACUCUAUCAGUGCAUGCACCCACUCUAUCAGUGCAUGCACCCACUCUAUCAGUGCAUGCACCCACUCUAUCAGUGCAUGCACCCACUCUAUCAGUGCAUGCACCCACUCUAUCAGUGCAUGCACCCACUCUAUCAGUGCAUGCACCCACUCUAUCAGUGCAUGCACCCACUCUAUCAGUGCAUGCACCCACUCUAUCAGUGCAUGCACCCACUCUAUCAGUGCAUGCACCCACUCUAUCAGUGCAUGCACCCACUCUAUCAGUGCAUGCACCCACUCUAUCAGUGCAUGCACCCACUCUAUCAGUGCAUGCACCCACUCUAUCAGUGCAUGCACCCACUCUAUCAGUGCAUGCACCCACUCUAUCAGUGCAUGCACCCACUCUAUCAGUGCAUGCACCCACUCUAUCAGUGCAUGCACCCACUCUAUCAGUGCAUGCACCCACUCUAUCAGUGCAUGCACCCACUCUAUCAGUGCAUGCACCCACUCUAUCAGUGCAUGCACCCACUCUAUCAGUGCAUGCACCCACUCUAUCAGUGCAUGCACCCACUCUAUCAGUGCAUGCACCCACUCUAUCAGUGCAUGCACCCACUCUAUCAGUGCAUGCACCCACUCUAUCAGUGCAUGCACCCACUCUAUCAGUGCAUGCACCCACUCUAUCAGUGCAUGCACCCACUCUAUCAGUGCAUGCACCCACUCUAUCAGUGCAUGCACCCACUCUAUCAGUGCAUGCACCCACUCUAUCAGUGCAUGCACCCACUCUAUCAGUGCAUGCACCCACUCUAUCAGUGCAUGCACCCACUCUAUCAGUGCAUGCACCCACUCUAUCAGUGCAUGCACCCACUCUAUCAGUGCAUGCACCCACUCUAUCAGUGCAUGCACCCACUCUAUCAGUGCAUGCACCCACUCUAUCAGUGCAUGCACCCACUCUAUCAGUGCAUGCACCCACUCUAUCAGUGCAUGCACCCACUCUAUCAGUGCAUGCACCCACUCUAUCAGUGCAUGCACCCACUCUAUCAGUGCAUGCACCCACUCUAUCAGUGCAUGCACCCACUCUAUCAGUGCAUGCACCCACUCUAUCAGUGCAUGCACCCACUCUAUCAGUGCAUGCACCCACUCUAUCAGUGCAUGCACCCACUCUAUCAGUGCAUGCACCCACUCUAUCAGUGCAUGCACCCACUCUAUCAGUGCAUGCACCCACUCUAUCAGUGCAUGCACCCACUCUAUCAGUGCAUGCACCCACUCUAUCAGUGCAUGCACCCACUCUAUCAGUGCAUGCACCCACUCUAUCAGUGCAUGCACCCACUCUAUCAGUGCAUGCACCCACUCUAUCAGUGCAUGCACCCACUCUAUCAGUGCAUGCACCCACUCUAUCAGUGCAUGCACCCACUCUAUCAGUGCAUGCACCCACUCUAUCAGUGCAUGCACCCACUCUAUCAGUGCAUGCACCCACUCUAUCAGUGCAUGCACCCACUCUAUCAGUGCAUGCACCCACUCUAUCAGUGCAUGCACCCACUCUAUCAGUGCAUGCACCCACUCUAUCAGUGCAUGCACCCACUCUAUCAGUGCAUGCACCCACUCUAUCAGUGCAUGCACCCACUCUAUCAGUGCAUGCACCCACUCUAUCAGUGCAUGCACCCACUCUAUCAGUGCAUGCACCCACUCUAUCAGUGCAUGCACCCACUCUAUCAGUGCAUGCACCCACUCUAUCAGUGCAUGCACCCACUCUAUCAGUGCAUGCACCCACUCUAUCAGUGCAUGCACCCACUCUAUCAGUGCAUGCACCCACUCUAUCAGUGCAUGCACCCACUCUAUCAGUGCAUGCACCCACUCUAUCAGUGCAUGCACCCACUCUAUCAGUGCAUGCACCCACUCUAUCAGUGCAUGCACCCACUCUAUCAGUGCAUGCACCCACUCUAUCAGUGCAUGCACCCACUCUAUCAGUGCAUGCACCCACUCUAUCAGUGCAUGCACCCACUCUAUCAGUGCAUGCACCCACUCUAUCAGUGCAUGCACCCACUCUAUCAGUGCAUGCACCCACUCUAUCAGUGCAUGCACCCACUCUAUCAGUGCAUGCACCCACUCUAUCAGUGCAUGCACCCACUCUAUCAGUGCAUGCACCCACUCUAUCAGUGCAUGCACCCACUCUAUCAGUGCAUGCACCCACUCUAUCAGUGCAUGCACCCACUCUAUCAGUGCAUGCACCCACUCUAUCAGUGCAUGCACCCACUCUAUCAGUGCAUGCACCCACUCUAUCAGUGCAUGCACCCACUCUAUCAGUGCAUGCACCCACUCUAUCAGUGCAUGCACCCACUCUAUCAGUGCAUGCACCCACUCUAUCAGUGCAUGCACCCACUCUAUCAGUGCAUGCACCCACUCUAUCAGUGCAUGCACCCACUCUAUCAGUGCAUGCACCCACUCUAUCAUGCAUGCACCCACUCUAUCAUGCAUGCACCCACUCUAUCAUGCAUGCACCCACUCUAUCAGUGCAUGCACCCACUCUAUCAGUGCAUGCACCCACUCUAUCAGUGCAUGCACCCACUCUAUCAGUGCAUGCACCCACUCUAUCAGUGCAUGCACCCACUCUAUCAGUGCAUGCACCCACUCUAUCAGUGCAUGCACCCACUCUAUCAGUGCAUGCACCCACUCUAUCAGUGCAUGCACCCACUCUAUCAGUGCAUGCACCCACUCUAUCAGUGCAUGCACCCACUCUAUCAGUGCAUGCACCCACUCUAUCAGUGCAUGCACCCACUCUAUCAGUGCAUGCACCCACUCUAUCAGUGCAUGCACCCACUCUAUCAGUGCAUGCACCCACUCUAUCAGUGCAUGCACCCACUCUAUCAGUGCAUGCACCCACUCUAUCAGUGCAUGCACCCACUCUAUCAGUGCAUGCACCCACUCUAUCAGUGCAUGCACCCACUCUAUCAGUGCAUGCACCCACUCUAUCAGUGCAUGCACCCACUCUAUCAGUGCAUGCACCCACUCUAUCAGUGCAUGCACCCACUCUAUCAGUGCAUGCACCCACUCUAUCAGUGCAUGCACCCACUCUAUCAGUGCAUGCACCCACUCUAUCAGUGCAUGCACCCACUCUAUCAGUGCAUGCACCCACUCUAUCAGUGCAUGCACCCACUCUAUCAGUGCAUGCACCCACUCUAUCAGUGCAUGCACCCACUCUAUCAGUGCAUGCACCCACUCUAUCAGUGCAUGCACCCACUCUAUCAGUGCAUGCACCCACUCUAUCAGUGCAUGCACCCACUCUAUCAGUGCAUGCACCCACUCUAUCAGUGCAUGCACCCACUCUAUCAGUGCAUGCACCCACUCUAUCAGUGCAUGCACCCACUCUAUCAGUGCAUGCACCCACUCUAUCAGUGCAUGCACCCACUCUAUCAGUGCAUGCACCCACUCUAUCAGUGCAUGCACCCACUCUAUCAGUGCAUGCACCCACUCUAUCAGUGCAUGCACCCACUCUAUCAGUGCAUGCACCCACUCUAUCAGUGCAUGCACCCACUCUAUCAGUGCAUGCACCCACUCUAUCAGUGCAUGCACCCACUCUAUCAGUGCAUGCACCCACUCUAUCAGUGCAUGCACCCACUCUAUCAGUGCAUGCACCCACUCUAUCAGUGCAUGCACCCACUCUAUCAGUGCAUGCACCCACUCUAUCAGUGCAUGCACCCACUCUAUCAGUGCAUGCACCCACUCUAUCAGUGCAUGCACCCACUCUAUCAGUGCAUGCACCCACUCUAUCAGUGCAUGCACCCACUCUAUCAGUGCAUGCACCCACUCUAUCAGUGCAUGCACCCACUCUAUCAGUGCAUGCACCCACUCUAUCAGUGCAUGCACCCACUCUAUCAGUGCAUGCACCCACUCUAUCAGUGCAUGCACCCACUCUAUCAGUGCAUGCACCCACUCUAUCAGUGCAUGCACCCACUCUAUCAGUGCAUGCACCCACUCUAUCAGUGCAUGCACCCACUCUAUCAGUGCAUGCACCCACUCUAUCAGUGCAUGCACCCACUCUAUCAGUGCAUGCACCCACUCUAUCAGUGCAUGCACCCACUCUAUCAGUGCAUGCACCCACUCUAUCAGUGCAUGCACCCACUCUAUCAGUGCAUGCACCCACUCUAUCAGUGCAUGCACCCACUCUAUCAGUGCAUGCACCCACUCUAUCAGUGCAUGCACCCACUCUAUCAGUGCAUGCACCCACUCUAUCAGUGCAUGCACCCACUCUAUCAGUGCAUGCACCCACUCUAUCAGUGCAUGCACCCACUCUAUCAGUGCAUGCACCCACUCUAUCAGUGCAUGCACCCACUCUAUCAGUGCAUGCACCCACUCUAUCAGUGCAUGCACCCACUCUAUCAGUGCAUGCACCCACUCUAUCAGUGCAUGCACCCACUCUAUCAGUGCAUGCACCCACUCUAUCAGUGCAUGCACCCACUCUAUCAGUGCAUGCACCCACUCUAUCAGUGCAUGCACCCACUCUAUCAGUGCAUGCACCCACUCUAUCAGUGCAUGCACCCACUCUAUCAGUGCAUGCACCCACUCUAUCAGUGCAUGCACCCACUCUAUCAGUGCAUGCACCCACUCUAUCAGUGCAUGCACCCACUCUAUCAGUGCAUGCACCCACUCUAUCAGUGCAUGCACCCACUCUAUCAGUGCAUGCACCCACUCUAUCAGUGCAUGCACCCACUCUAUCAGUGCAUGCACCCACUCUAUCAGUGCAUGCACCCACUCUAUCAGUGCAUGCACCCACUCUAUCAGUGCAUGCACCCACUCUAUCAGUGCAUGCACCCACUCUAUCAGUGCAUGCACCCACUCUAUCAGUGCAUGCACCCACUCUAUCAGUGCAUGCACCCACUCUAUCAGUGCAUGCACCCACUCUAUCAGUGCAUGCACCCACUCUAUCAGUGCAUGCACCCACUCUAUCAGUGCAUGCACCCACUCUAUCAGUGCAUGCACCCACUCUAUCAGUGCAUGCACCCACUCUAUCAGUGCAUGCACCCACUCUAUCAGUGCAUGCACCCACUCUAUCAGUGCAUGCACCCACUCUAUCAGUGCAUGCACCCACUCUAUCAGUGCAUGCACCCACUCUAUCAGUGCAUGCACCCACUCUAUCAGUGCAUGCACCCACUCUAUCAGUGCAUGCACCCACUCUAUCAGUGCAUGCACCCACUCUAUCAGUGCAUGCACCCACUCUAUCAGUGCAUGCACCCACUCUAUCAGUGCAUGCACCCACUCUAUCAGUGCAUGCACCCACUCUAUCAGUGCAUGCACCCACUCUAUCAGUGCAUGCACCCACUCUAUCAGUGCAUGCACCCACUCUAUCAGUGCAUGCACCCACUCUAUCAGUGCAUGCACCCACUCUAUCAGUGCAUGCACCCACUCUAUCAGUGCAUGCACCCACUCUAUCAGUGCAUGCACCCACUCUAUCAGUGCAUGCACCCACUCUAUCAGUGCAUGCACCCACUCUAUCAGUGCAUGCACCCACUCUAUCAGUGCAUGCACCCACUCUAUCAGUGCAUGCACCCACUCUAUCAGUGCAUGCACCCACUCUAUCAGUGCAUGCACCCACUCUAUCAGUGCAUGCACCCACUCUAUCAGUGCAUGCACCCACUCUAUCAGUGCAUGCACCCACUCUAUCAGUGCAUGCACCCACUCUAUCAGUGCAUGCACCCACUCUAUCAGUGCAUGCACCCACUCUAUCAGUGCAUGCACCCACUCUAUCAGUGCAUGCACCCACUCUAUCAGUGCAUGCACCCACUCUAUCAGUGCAUGCACCCACUCUAUCAGUGCAUGCACCCACUCUAUCAGUGCAUGCACCCACUCUAUCAGUGCAUGCACCCACUCUAUCAGUGCAUGCACCCACUCUAUCAGUGCAUGCACCCACUCUAUCAGUGCAUGCACCCACUCUAUCAGUGCAUGCACCCACUCUAUCAGUGCAUGCACCCACUCUAUCAGUGCAUGCACCCACUCUAUCAGUGCAUGCACCCACUCUAUCAGUGCAUGCACCCACUCUAUCAGUGCAUGCACCCACUCUAUCAGUGCAUGCACCCACUCUAUCAGUGCAUGCACCCACUCUAUCAGUGCAUGCACCCACUCUAUCAGUGCAUGCACCCACUCUAUCAGUGCAUGCACCCACUCUAUCAGUGCAUGCACCCACUCUAUCAGUGCAUGCACCCACUCUAUCAGUGCAUGCACCCACUCUAUCAGUGCAUGCACCCACUCUAUCAGUGCAUGCACCCACUCUAUCAGUGCAUGCACCCACUCUAUCAGUGCAUGCACCCACUCUAUCAGUGCAUGCACCCACUCUAUCAGUGCAUGCACCCACUCUAUCAGUGCAUGCACCCACUCUAUCAGUGCAUGCACCCACUCUAUCAGUGCAUGCACCCACUCUAUCAGUGCAUGCACCCACUCUAUCAGUGCAUGCACCCACUCUAUCAGUGCAUGCACCCACUCUAUCAGUGCAUGCACCCACUCUAUCAGUGCAUGCACCCACUCUAUCAGUGCAUGCACCCACUCUAUCAGUGCAUGCACCCACUCUAUCAGUGCAUGCACCCACUCUAUCAGUGCAUGCACCCACUCUAUCAGUGCAUGCACCCACUCUAUCAGUGCAUGCACCCACUCUAUCAGUGCAUGCACCCACUCUAUCAGUGCAUGCACCCACUCUAUCAGUGCAUGCACCCACUCUAUCAGUGCAUGCACCCACUCUAUCAGUGCAUGCACCCACUCUAUCAGUGCAUGCACCCACUCUAUCAGUGCAUGCACCCACUCUAUCAGUGCAUGCACCCACUCUAUCAGUGCAUGCACCCACUCUAUCAGUGCAUGCACCCACUCUAUCAGUGCAUGCACCCACUCUAUCAGUGCAUGCACCCACUCUAUCAGUGCAUGCACCCACUCUAUCAGUGCAUGCACCCACUCUAUCAGUGCAUGCACCCACUCUAUCAGUGCAUGCACCCACUCUAUCAGUGCAUGCACCCACUCUAUCAGUGCAUGCACCCACUCUAUCAGUGCAUGCACCCACUCUAUCAGUGCAUGCACCCACUCUAUCAGUGCAUGCACCCACUCUAUCAGUGCAUGCACCCACUCUAUCAGUGCAUGCACCCACUCUAUCAGUGCAUGCACCCACUCUAUCAGUGCAUGCACCCACUCUAUCAGUGCAUGCACCCACUCUAUCAGUGCAUGCACCCACUCUAUCAGUGCAUGCACCCACUCUAUCAGUGCAUGCACCCACUCUAUCAGUGCAUGCACCCACUCUAUCAGUGCAUGCACCCACUCUAUCAGUGCAUGCACCCACUCUAUCAGUGCAUGCACCCACUCUAUCAGUGCAUGCACCCACUCUAUCAGUGCAUGCACCCACUCUAUCAGUGCAUGCACCCACUCUAUCAGUGCAUGCACCCACUCUAUCAGUGCAUGCACCCACUCUAUCAGUGCAUGCACCCACUCUAUCAGUGCAUGCACCCACUCUAUCAGUGCAUGCACCCACUCUAUCAGUGCAUGCACCCACUCUAUCAGUGCAUGCACCCACUCUAUCAGUGCAUGCACCCACUCUAUCAGUGCAUGCACCCACUCUAUCAGUGCAUGCACCCACUCUAUCAGUGCAUGCACCCACUCUAUCAGUGCAUGCACCCACUCUAUCAGUGCAUGCACCCACUCUAUCAGUGCAUGCACCCACUCUAUCAGUGCAUGCACCCACUCUAUCAGUGCAUGCACCCACUCUAUCAGUGCAUGCACCCACUCUAUCAGUGCAUGCACCCACUCUAUCAGUGCAUGCACCCACUCUAUCAGUGCAUGCACCCACUCUAUCAGUGCAUGCACCCACUCUAUCAGUGCAUGCACCCACUCUAUCAGUGCAUGCACCCACUCUAUCAGUGCAUGCACCCACUCUAUCAGUGCAUGCACCCACUCUAUCAGUGCAUGCACCCACUCUAUCAGUGCAUGCACCCACUCUAUCAGUGCAUGCACCCACUCUAUCAGUGCAUGCACCCACUCUAUCAGUGCAUGCACCCACUCUAUCAGUGCAUGCACCCACUCUAUCAGUGCAUGCACCCACUCUAUCAGUGCAUGCACCCACUCUAUCAGUGCAUGCACCCACUCUAUCAGUGCAUGCACCCACUCUAUCAGUGCAUGCACCCACUCUAUCAGUGCAUGCACCCACUCUAUCAGUGCAUGCACCCACUCUAUCAGUGCAUGCACCCACUCUAUCAGUGCAUGCACCCACUCUAUCAGUGCAUGCACCCACUCUAUCAGUGCAUGCACCCACUCUAUCAGUGCAUGCACCCACUCUAUCAGUGCAUGCACCCACUCUAUCAGUGCAUGCACCCACUCUAUCAGUGCAUGCACCCACUCUAUCAGUGCAUGCACCCACUCUAUCAGUGCAUGCACCCACUCUAUCAGUGCAUGCACCCACUCUAUCAGUGCAUGCACCCACUCUAUCAGUGCAUGCACCCACUCUAUCAGUGCAUGCACCCACUCUAUCAGUGCAUGCACCCACUCUAUCAGUGCAUGCACCCACUCUAUCAGUGCAUGCACCCACUCUAUCAGUGCAUGCACCCACUCUAUCAGUGCAUGCACCCACUCUAUCAGUGCAUGCACCCACUCUAUCAGUGCAUGCACCCACUCUAUCAGUGCAUGCACCCACUCUAUCAGUGCAUGCACCCACUCUAUCAGUGCAUGCACCCACUCUAUCAGUGCAUGCACCCACUCUAUCAGUGCAUGCACCCACUCUAUCAGUGCAUGCACCCACUCUAUCAGUGCAUGCACCCACUCUAUCAGUGCAUGCACCCACUCUAUCAGUGCAUGCACCCACUCUAUCAGUGCAUGCACCCACUCUAUCAGUGCAUGCACCCACUCUAUCAGUGCAUGCACCCACUCUAUCAGUGCAUGCACCCACUCUAUCAGUGCAUGCACCCACUCUAUCAGUGCAUGCACCCACUCUAUCAGUGCAUGCACCCACUCUAUCAGUGCAUGCACCCACUCUAUCAGUGCAUGCACCCACUCUAUCAGUGCAUGCACCCACUCUAUCAGUGCAUGCACCCACUCUAUCAGUGCAUGCACCCACUCUAUCAGUGCAUGCACCCACUCUAUCAGUGCAUGCACCCACUCUAUCAGUGCAUGCACCCACUCUAUCAGUGCAUGCACCCACUCUAUCAGUGCAUGCACCCACUCUAUCAGUGCAUGCACCCACUCUAUCAGUGCAUGCACCCACUCUAUCAGUGCAUGCACCCACUCUAUCAGUGCAUGCACCCACUCUAUCAGUGCAUGCACCCACUCUAUCAGUGCAUGCACCCACUCUAUCAGUGCAUGCACCCACUCUAUCAGUGCAUGCACCCACUCUAUCAGUGCAUGCACCCACUCUAUCAGUGCAUGCACCCACUCUAUCAGUGCAUGCACCCACUCUAUCAGUGCAUGCACCCACUCUAUCAGUGCAUGCACCCACUCUAUCAGUGCAUGCACCCACUCUAUCAGUGCAUGCACCCACUCUAUCAGUGCAUGCACCCACUCUAUCAGUGCAUGCACCCACUCUAUCAGUGCAUGCACCCACUCUAUCAGUGCAUGCACCCACUCUAUCAGUGCAUGCACCCACUCUAUCAGUGCAUGCACCCACUCUAUCAGUGCAUGCACCCACUCUAUCAGUGCAUGCACCCACUCUAUCAGUGCAUGCACCCACUCUAUCAGUGCAUGCACCCACUCUAUCAGUGCAUGCACCCACUCUAUCAGUGCAUGCACCCACUCUAUCAGUGCAUGCACCCACUCUAUCAGUGCAUGCACCCACUCUAUCAGUGCAUGCACCCACUCUAUCAGUGCAUGCACCCACUCUAUCAGUGCAUGCACCCACUCUAUCAGUGCAUGCACCCACUCUAUCAGUGCAUGCACCCACUCUAUCAGUGCAUGCACCCACUCUAUCAGUGCAUGCACCCACUCUAUCAGUGCAUGCACCCACUCUAUCAGUGCAUGCACCCACUCUAUCAGUGCAUGCACCCACUCUAUCAGUGCAUGCACCCACUCUAUCAGUGCAUGCACCCACUCUAUCAGUGCAUGCACCCACUCUAUCAGUGCAUGCACCCACUCUAUCAGUGCAUGCACCCACUCUAUCAGUGCAUGCACCCACUCUAUCAGUGCAUGCACCCACUCUAUCAGUGCAUGCACCCACUCUAUCAGUGCAUGCACCCACUCUAUCAGUGCAUGCACCCACUCUAUCAGUGCAUGCACCCACUCUAUCAGUGCAUGCACCCACUCUAUCAGUGCAUGCACCCACUCUAUCAGUGCAUGCACCCACUCUAUCAGUGCAUGCACCCACUCUAUCAGUGCAUGCACCCACUCUAUCAGUGCAUGCACCCACUCUAUCAGUGCAUGCACCCACUCUAUCAGUGCAUGCACCCACUCUAUCAGUGCAUGCACCCACUCUAUCAGUGCAUGCACCCACUCUAUCAGUGCAUGCACCCACUCUAUCAGUGCAUGCACCCACUCUAUCAGUGCAUGCACCCACUCUAUCAGUGCAUGCACCCACUCUAUCAGUGCAUGCACCCACUCUAUCAGUGCAUGCACCCACUCUAUCAGUGCAUGCACCCACUCUAUCAGUGCAUGCACCCACUCUAUCAGUGCAUGCACCCACUCUAUCAGUGCAUGCACCCACUCUAUCAGUGCAUGCACCCACUCUAUCAGUGCAUGCACCCACUCUAUCAGUGCAUGCACCCACUCUAUCAGUGCAUGCACCCACUCUAUCAGUGCAUGCACCCACUCUAUCAGUGCAUGCACCCACUCUAUCAGUGCAUGCACCCACUCUAUCAGUGCAUGCACCCACUCUAUCAGUGCAUGCACCCACUCUAUCAGUGCAUGCACCCACUCUAUCAGUGCAUGCACCCACUCUAUCAGUGCAUGCACCCACUCUAUCAGUGCAUGCACCCACUCUAUCAGUGCAUGCACCCACUCUAUCAGUGCAUGCACCCACUCUAUCAGUGCAUGCACCCACUCUAUCAGUGCAUGCACCCACUCUAUCAGUGCAUGCACCCACUCUAUCAGUGCAUGCACCCACUCUAUCAGUGCAUGCACCCACUCUAUCAGUGCAUGCACCCACUCUAUCAGUGCAUGCACCCACUCUAUCAGUGCAUGCACCCACUCUAUCAGUGCAUGCACCCACUCUAUCAGUGCAUGCACCCACUCUAUCAGUGCAUGCACCCACUCUAUCAGUGCAUGCACCCACUCUAUCAGUGCAUGCACCCACUCUAUCAGUGCAUGCACCCACUCUAUCAGUGCAUGCACCCACUCUAUCAGUGCAUGCACCCACUCUAUCAGUGCAUGCACCCACUCUAUCAGUGCAUGCACCCACUCUAUCAGUGCAUGCACCCACUCUAUCAGUGCAUGCACCCACUCUAUCAGUGCAUGCACCCACUCUAUCAGUGCAUGCACCCACUCUAUCAGUGCAUGCACCCACUCUAUCAGUGCAUGCACCCACUCUAUCAGUGCAUGCACCCACUCUAUCAGUGCAUGCACCCACUCUAUCAGUGCAUGCACCCACUCUAUCAGUGCAUGCACCCACUCUAUCAGUGCAUGCACCCACUCUAUCAGUGCAUGCACCCACUCUAUCAGUGCAUGCACCCACUCUAUCAGUGCAUGCACCCACUCUAUCAGUGCAUGCACCCACUCUAUCAGUGCAUGCACCCACUCUAUCAGUGCAUGCACCCACUCUAUCAGUGCAUGCACCCACUCUAUCAGUGCAUGCACCCACUCUAUCAGUGCAUGCACCCACUCUAUCAGUGCAUGCACCCACUCUAUCAGUGCAUGCACCCACUCUAUCAGUGCAUGCACCCACUCUAUCAGUGCAUGCACCCACUCUAUCAGUGCAUGCACCCACUCUAUCAGUGCAUGCACCCACUCUAUCAGUGCAUGCACCCACUCUAUCAGUGCAUGCACCCACUCUAUCAGUGCAUGCACCCACUCUAUCAGUGCAUGCACCCACUCUAUCAGUGCAUGCACCCACUCUAUCAGUGCAUGCACCCACUCUAUCAGUGCAUGCACCCACUCUAUCAGUGCAUGCACCCACUCUAUCAGUGCAUGCACCCACUCUAUCAGUGCAUGCACCCACUCUAUCAGUGCAUGCACCCACUCUAUCAGUGCAUGCACCCACUCUAUCAGUGCAUGCACCCACUCUAUCAGUGCAUGCACCCACUCUAUCAGUGCAUGCACCCACUCUAUCAGUGCAUGCACCCACUCUAUCAGUGCAUGCACCCACUCUAUCAGUGCAUGCACCCACUCUAUCAGUGCAUGCACCCACUCUAUCAGUGCAUGCACCCACUCUAUCAGUGCAUGCACCCACUCUAUCAGUGCAUGCACCCACUCUAUCAGUGCAUGCACCCACUCUAUCAGUGCAUGCACCCACUCUAUCAGUGCAUGCACCCACUCUAUCAGUGCAUGCACCCACUCUAUCAGUGCAUGCACCCACUCUAUCAGUGCAUGCACCCACUCUAUCAGUGCAUGCACCCACUCUAUCAGUGCAUGCACCCACUCUAUCAGUGCAUGCACCCACUCUAUCAGUGCAUGCACCCACUCUAUCAGUGCAUGCACCCACUCUAUCAGUGCAUGCACCCACUCUAUCAGUGCAUGCACCCACUCUAUCAGUGCAUGCACCCACUCUAUCAGUGCAUGCACCCACUCUAUCAGUGCAUGCACCCACUCUAUCAGUGCAUGCACCCACUCUAUCAGUGCAUGCACCCACUCUAUCAGUGCAUGCACCCACUCUAUCAGUGCAUGCACCCACUCUAUCAGUGCAUGCACCCACUCUAUCAGUGCAUGCACCCACUCUAUCAGUGCAUGCACCCACUCUAUCAGUGCAUGCACCCACUCUAUCAGUGCAUGCACCCACUCUAUCAGUGCAUGCACCCACUCUAUCAGUGCAUGCACCCACUCUAUCAGUGCAUGCACCCACUCUAUCAGUGCAUGCACCCACUCUAUCAGUGCAUGCACCCACUCUAUCAGUGCAUGCACCCACUCUAUCAGUGCAUGCACCCACUCUAUCAGUGCAUGCACCCACUCUAUCAGUGCAUGCACCCACUCUAUCAGUGCAUGCACCCACUCUAUCAGUGCAUGCACCCACUCUAUCAGUGCAUGCACCCACUCUAUCAGUGCAUGCACCCACUCUAUCAGUGCAUGCACCCACUCUAUCAGUGCAUGCACCCACUCUAUCAGUGCAUGCACCCACUCUAUCAGUGCAUGCACCCACUCUAUCAGUGCAUGCACCCACUCUAUCAGUGCAUGCACCCACUCUAUCAGUGCAUGCACCCACUCUAUCAGUGCAUGCACCCACUCUAUCAGUGCAUGCACCCACUCUAUCAGUGCAUGCACCCACUCUAUCAGUGCAUGCACCCACUCUAUCAGUGCAUGCACCCACUCUAUCAGUGCAUGCACCCACUCUAUCAGUGCAUGCACCCACUCUAUCAGUGCAUGCACCCACUCUAUCAGUGCAUGCACCCACUCUAUCAGUGCAUGCACCCACUCUAUCAGUGCAUGCACCCACUCUAUCAGUGCAUGCACCCACUCUAUCAGUGCAUGCACCCACUCUAUCAGUGCAUGCACCCACUCUAUCAGUGCAUGCACCCACUCUAUCAGUGCAUGCACCCACUCUAUCAGUGCAUGCACCCACUCUAUCAGUGCAUGCACCCACUCUAUCAGUGCAUGCACCCACUCUAUCAGUGCAUGCACCCACUCUAUCAGUGCAUGCACCCACUCUAUCAGUGCAUGCACCCACUCUAUCAGUGCAUGCACCCACUCUAUCAGUGCAUGCACCCACUCUAUCAGUGCAUGCACCCACUCUAUCAGUGCAUGCACCCACUCUAUCAGUGCAUGCACCCACUCUAUCAGUGCAUGCACCCACUCUAUCAGUGCAUGCACCCACUCUAUCAGUGCAUGCACCCACUCUAUCAGUGCAUGCACCCACUCUAUCAGUGCAUGCACCCACUCUAUCAGUGCAUGCACCCACUCUAUCAGUGCAUGCACCCACUCUAUCAGUGCAUGCACCCACUCUAUCAGUGCAUGCACCCACUCUAUCAGUGCAUGCACCCACUCUAUCAGUGCAUGCACCCACUCUAUCAGUGCAUGCACCCACUCUAUCAGUGCAUGCACCCACUCUAUCAGUGCAUGCACCCACUCUAUCAGUGCAUGCACCCACUCUAUCAGUGCAUGCACCCACUCUAUCAGUGCAUGCACCCACUCUAUCAGUGCAUGCACCCACUCUAUCAGUGCAUGCACCCACUCUAUCAGUGCAUGCACCCACUCUAUCAGUGCAUGCACCCACUCUAUCAGUGCAUGCACCCACUCUAUCAGUGCAUGCACCCACUCUAUCAGUGCAUGCACCCACUCUAUCAGUGCAUGCACCCACUCUAUCAGUGCAUGCACCCACUCUAUCAGUGCAUGCACCCACUCUAUCAGUGCAUGCACCCACUCUAUCAGUGCAUGCACCCACUCUAUCAGUGCAUGCACCCACUCUAUCAGUGCAUGCACCCACUCUAUCAGUGCAUGCACCCACUCUAUCAGUGCAUGCACCCACUCUAUCAGUGCAUGCACCCACUCUAUCAGUGCAUGCACCCACUCUAUCAGUGCAUGCACCCACUCUAUCAGUGCAUGCACCCACUCUAUCAGUGCAUGCACCCACUCUAUCAGUGCAUGCACCCACUCUAUCAGUGCAUGCACCCACUCUAUCAGUGCAUGCACCCACUCUAUCAGUGCAUGCACCCACUCUAUCAGUGCAUGCACCCACUCUAUCAGUGCAUGCACCCACUCUAUCAGUGCAUGCACCCACUCUAUCAGUGCAUGCACCCACUCUAUCAGUGCAUGCACCCACUCUAUCAGUGCAUGCACCCACUCUAUCAGUGCAUGCACCCACUCUAUCAGUGCAUGCACCCACUCUAUCAGUGCAUGCACCCACUCUAUCAGUGCAUGCACCCACUCUAUCAGUGCAUGCACCCACUCUAUCAGUGCAUGCACCCACUCUAUCAGUGCAUGCACCCACUCUAUCAGUGCAUGCACCCACUCUAUCAGUGCAUGCACCCACUCUAUCAGUGCAUGCACCCACUCUAUCAGUGCAUGCACCCACUCUAUCAGUGCAUGCACCCACUCUAUCAGUGCAUGCACCCACUCUAUCAGUGCAUGCACCCACUCUAUCAGUGCAUGCACCCACUCUAUCAGUGCAUGCACCCACUCUAUCAGUGCAUGCACCCACUCUAUCAGUGCAUGCACCCACUCUAUCAGUGCAUGCACCCACUCUAUCAGUGCAUGCACCCACUCUAUCAGUGCAUGCACCCACUCUAUCAGUGCAUGCACCCACUCUAUCAGUGCAUGCACCCACUCUAUCAGUGCAUGCACCCACUCUAUCAGUGCAUGCACCCACUCUAUCAGUGCAUGCACCCACUCUAUCAGUGCAUGCACCCACUCUAUCAGUGCAUGCACCCACUCUAUCAGUGCAUGCACCCACUCUAUCAGUGCAUGCACCCACUCUAUCAGUGCAUGCACCCACUCUAUCAUGCAUGCACCCACUCUAUCAUGCAUGCACCCACUCUAUCAUGCAUGCACCCACUCUAUCAGUGCAUGCACCCACUCUAUCAGUGCAUGCACCCACUCUAUCAGUGCAUGCACCCACUCUAUCAGUGCAUGCACCCACUCUAUCAGUGCAUGCACCCACUCUAUCAGUGCAUGCACCCACUCUAUCAGUGCAUGCACCCACUCUAUCAGUGCAUGCACCCACUCUAUCAGUGCAUGCACCCACUCUAUCAGUGCAUGCACCCACUCUAUCAGUGCAUGCACCCACUCUAUCAGUGCAUGCACCCACUCUAUCAGUGCAUGCACCCACUCUAUCAGUGCAUGCACCCACUCUAUCAGUGCAUGCACCCACUCUAUCAGUGCAUGCACCCACUCUAUCAGUGCAUGCACCCACUCUAUCAGUGCAUGCACCCACUCUAUCAGUGCAUGCACCCACUCUAUCAGUGCAUGCACCCACUCUAUCAGUGCAUGCACCCACUCUAUCAGUGCAUGCACCCACUCUAUCAGUGCAUGCACCCACUCUAUCAGUGCAUGCACCCACUCUAUCAGUGCAUGCACCCACUCUAUCAGUGCAUGCACCCACUCUAUCAGUGCAUGCACCCACUCUAUCAGUGCAUGCACCCACUCUAUCAGUGCAUGCACCCACUCUAUCAGUGCAUGCACCCACUCUAUCAGUGCAUGCACCCACUCUAUCAGUGCAUGCACCCACUCUAUCAGUGCAUGCACCCACUCUAUCAGUGCAUGCACCCACUCUAUCAGUGCAUGCACCCACUCUAUCAGUGCAUGCACCCACUCUAUCAGUGCAUGCACCCACUCUAUCAGUGCAUGCACCCACUCUAUCAGUGCAUGCACCCACUCUAUCAGUGCAUGCACCCACUCUAUCAGUGCAUGCACCCACUCUAUCAGUGCAUGCACCCACUCUAUCAGUGCAUGCACCCACUCUAUCAGUGCAUGCACCCACUCUAUCAGUGCAUGCACCCACUCUAUCAGUGCAUGCACCCACUCUAUCAGUGCAUGCACCCACUCUAUCAGUGCAUGCACCCACUCUAUCAGUGCAUGCACCCACUCUAUCAGUGCAUGCACCCACUCUAUCAGUGCAUGCACCCACUCUAUCAGUGCAUGCACCCACUCUAUCAGUGCAUGCACCCACUCUAUCAGUGCAUGCACCCACUCUAUCAGUGCAUGCACCCACUCUAUCAGUGCAUGCACCCACUCUAUCAGUGCAUGCACCCACUCUAUCAGUGCAUGCACCCACUCUAUCAGUGCAUGCACCCACUCUAUCAGUGCAUGCACCCACUCUAUCAGUGCAUGCACCCACUCUAUCAGUGCAUGCACCCACUCUAUCAGUGCAUGCACCCACUCUAUCAGUGCAUGCACCCACUCUAUCAGUGCAUGCACCCACUCUAUCAGUGCAUGCACCCACUCUAUCAGUGCAUGCACCCACUCUAUCAGUGCAUGCACCCACUCUAUCAGUGCAUGCACCCACUCUAUCAGUGCAUGCACCCACUCUAUCAGUGCAUGCACCCACUCUAUCAGUGCAUGCACCCACUCUAUCAGUGCAUGCACCCACUCUAUCAGUGCAUGCACCCACUCUAUCAGUGCAUGCACCCACUCUAUCAGUGCAUGCACCCACUCUAUCAGUGCAUGCACCCACUCUAUCAGUGCAUGCACCCACUCUAUCAGUGCAUGCACCCACUCUAUCAGUGCAUGCACCCACUCUAUCAGUGCAUGCACCCACUCUAUCAGUGCAUGCACCCACUCUAUCAGUGCAUGCACCCACUCUAUCAGUGCAUGCACCCACUCUAUCAGUGCAUGCACCCACUCUAUCAGUGCAUGCACCCACUCUAUCAGUGCAUGCACCCACUCUAUCAGUGCAUGCACCCACUCUAUCAGUGCAUGCACCCACUCUAUCAGUGCAUGCACCCACUCUAUCAGUGCAUGCACCCACUCUAUCAGUGCAUGCACCCACUCUAUCAGUGCAUGCACCCACUCUAUCAGUGCAUGCACCCACUCUAUCAGUGCAUGCACCCACUCUAUCAGUGCAUGCACCCACUCUAUCAGUGCAUGCACCCACUCUAUCAGUGCAUGCACCCACUCUAUCAGUGCAUGCACCCACUCUAUCAGUGCAUGCACCCACUCUAUCAGUGCAUGCACCCACUCUAUCAGUGCAUGCACCCACUCUAUCAGUGCAUGCACCCACUCUAUCAGUGCAUGCACCCACUCUAUCAGUGCAUGCACCCACUCUAUCAGUGCAUGCACCCACUCUAUCAGUGCAUGCACCCACUCUAUCAGUGCAUGCACCCACUCUAUCAGUGCAUGCACCCACUCUAUCAGUGCAUGCACCCACUCUAUCAGUGCAUGCACCCACUCUAUCAGUGCAUGCACCCACUCUAUCAGUGCAUGCACCCACUCUAUCAGUGCAUGCACCCACUCUAUCAGUGCAUGCACCCACUCUAUCAGUGCAUGCACCCACUCUAUCAGUGCAUGCACCCACUCUAUCAGUGCAUGCACCCACUCUAUCAGUGCAUGCACCCACUCUAUCAGUGCAUGCACCCACUCUAUCAGUGCAUGCACCCACUCUAUCAGUGCAUGCACCCACUCUAUCAGUGCAUGCACCCACUCUAUCAGUGCAUGCACCCACUCUAUCAGUGCAUGCACCCACUCUAUCAGUGCAUGCACCCACUCUAUCAGUGCAUGCACCCACUCUAUCAGUGCAUGCACCCACUCUAUCAGUGCAUGCACCCACUCUAUCAGUGCAUGCACCCACUCUAUCAGUGCAUGCACCCACUCUAUCAGUGCAUGCACCCACUCUAUCAGUGCAUGCACCCACUCUAUCAGUGCAUGCACCCACUCUAUCAGUGCAUGCACCCACUCUAUCAGUGCAUGCACCCACUCUAUCAGUGCAUGCACCCACUCUAUCAGUGCAUGCACCCACUCUAUCAGUGCAUGCACCCACUCUAUCAGUGCAUGCACCCACUCUAUCAGUGCAUGCACCCACUCUAUCAGUGCAUGCACCCACUCUAUCAGUGCAUGCACCCACUCUAUCAGUGCAUGCACCCACUCUAUCAGUGCAUGCACCCACUCUAUCAGUGCAUGCACCCACUCUAUCAGUGCAUGCACCCACUCUAUCAGUGCAUGCACCCACUCUAUCAGUGCAUGCACCCACUCUAUCAGUGCAUGCACCCACUCUAUCAGUGCAUGCACCCACUCUAUCAGUGCAUGCACCCACUCUAUCAGUGCAUGCACCCACUCUAUCAGUGCAUGCACCCACUCUAUCAGUGCAUGCACCCACUCUAUCAGUGCAUGCACCCACUCUAUCAGUGCAUGCACCCACUCUAUCAGUGCAUGCACCCACUCUAUCAGUGCAUGCACCCACUCUAUCAGUGCAUGCACCCACUCUAUCAGUGCAUGCACCCACUCUAUCAGUGCAUGCACCCACUCUAUCAGUGCAUGCACCCACUCUAUCAGUGCAUGCACCCACUCUAUCAGUGCAUGCACCCACUCUAUCAGUGCAUGCACCCACUCUAUCAGUGCAUGCACCCACUCUAUCAGUGCAUGCACCCACUCUAUCAGUGCAUGCACCCACUCUAUCAGUGCAUGCACCCACUCUAUCAGUGCAUGCACCCACUCUAUCAGUGCAUGCACCCACUCUAUCAGUGCAUGCACCCACUCUAUCAGUGCAUGCACCCACUCUAUCAGUGCAUGCACCCACUCUAUCAGUGCAUGCACCCACUCUAUCAGUGCAUGCACCCACUCUAUCAGUGCAUGCACCCACUCUAUCAGUGCAUGCACCCACUCUAUCAGUGCAUGCACCCACUCUAUCAGUGCAUGCACCCACUCUAUCAGUGCAUGCACCCACUCUAUCAGUGCAUGCACCCACUCUAUCAGUGCAUGCACCCACUCUAUCAGUGCAUGCACCCACUCUAUCAGUGCAUGCACCCACUCUAUCAGUGCAUGCACCCACUCUAUCAGUGCAUGCACCCACUCUAUCAGUGCAUGCACCCACUCUAUCAGUGCAUGCACCCACUCUAUCAGUGCAUGCACCCACUCUAUCAGUGCAUGCACCCACUCUAUCAGUGCAUGCACCCACUCUAUCAGUGCAUGCACCCACUCUAUCAGUGCAUGCACCCACUCUAUCAGUGCAUGCACCCACUCUAUCAGUGCAUGCACCCACUCUAUCAGUGCAUGCACCCACUCUAUCAGUGCAUGCACCCACUCUAUCAGUGCAUGCACCCACUCUAUCAGUGCAUGCACCCACUCUAUCAGUGCAUGCACCCACUCUAUCAGUGCAUGCACCCACUCUAUCAGUGCAUGCACCCACUCUAUCAGUGCAUGCACCCACUCUAUCAGUGCAUGCACCCACUCUAUCAGUGCAUGCACCCACUCUAUCAGUGCAUGCACCCACUCUAUCAGUGCAUGCACCCACUCUAUCAGUGCAUGCACCCACUCUAUCAGUGCAUGCACCCACUCUAUCAGUGCAUGCACCCACUCUAUCAGUGCAUGCACCCACUCUAUCAGUGCAUGCACCCACUCUAUCAGUGCAUGCACCCACUCUAUCAGUGCAUGCACCCACUCUAUCAGUGCAUGCACCCACUCUAUCAGUGCAUGCACCCACUCUAUCAGUGCAUGCACCCACUCUAUCAGUGCAUGCACCCACUCUAUCAGUGCAUGCACCCACUCUAUCAGUGCAUGCACCCACUCUAUCAGUGCAUGCACCCACUCUAUCAGUGCAUGCACCCACUCUAUCAGUGCAUGCACCCACUCUAUCAGUGCAUGCACCCACUCUAUCAGUGCAUGCACCCACUCUAUCAGUGCAUGCACCCACUCUAUCAGUGCAUGCACCCACUCUAUCAGUGCAUGCACCCACUCUAUCAGUGCAUGCACCCACUCUAUCAGUGCAUGCACCCACUCUAUCAGUGCAUGCACCCACUCUAUCAGUGCAUGCACCCACUCUAUCAGUGCAUGCACCCACUCUAUCAGUGCAUGCACCCACUCUAUCAGUGCAUGCACCCACUCUAUCAGUGCAUGCACCCACUCUAUCAGUGCAUGCACCCACUCUAUCAGUGCAUGCACCCACUCUAUCAGUGCAUGCACCCACUCUAUCAGUGCAUGCACCCACUCUAUCAGUGCAUGCACCCACUCUAUCAGUGCAUGCACCCACUCUAUCAGUGCAUGCACCCACUCUAUCAGUGCAUGCACCCACUCUAUCAGUGCAUGCACCCACUCUAUCAGUGCAUGCACCCACUCUAUCAGUGCAUGCACCCACUCUAUCAGUGCAUGCACCCACUCUAUCAGUGCAUGCACCCACUCUAUCAGUGCAUGCACCCACUCUAUCAGUGCAUGCACCCACUCUAUCAGUGCAUGCACCCACUCUAUCAGUGCAUGCACCCACUCUAUCAGUGCAUGCACCCACUCUAUCAGUGCAUGCACCCACUCUAUCAGUGCAUGCACCCACUCUAUCAGUGCAUGCACCCACUCUAUCAGUGCAUGCACCCACUCUAUCAGUGCAUGCACCCACUCUAUCAGUGCAUGCACCCACUCUAUCAGUGCAUGCACCCACUCUAUCAGUGCAUGCACCCACUCUAUCAGUGCAUGCACCCACUCUAUCAGUGCAUGCACCCACUCUAUCAGUGCAUGCACCCACUCUAUCAGUGCAUGCACCCACUCUAUCAGUGCAUGCACCCACUCUAUCAGUGCAUGCACCCACUCUAUCAGUGCAUGCACCCACUCUAUCAGUGCAUGCACCCACUCUAUCAGUGCAUGCACCCACUCUAUCAGUGCAUGCACCCACUCUAUCAGUGCAUGCACCCACUCUAUCAGUGCAUGCACCCACUCUAUCAGUGCAUGCACCCACUCUAUCAGUGCAUGCACCCACUCUAUCAGUGCAUGCACCCACUCUAUCAGUGCAUGCACCCACUCUAUCAGUGCAUGCACCCACUCUAUCAGUGCAUGCACCCACUCUAUCAGUGCAUGCACCCACUCUAUCAGUGCAUGCACCCACUCUAUCAGUGCAUGCACCCACUCUAUCAGUGCAUGCACCCACUCUAUCAGUGCAUGCACCCACUCUAUCAGUGCAUGCACCCACUCUAUCAGUGCAUGCACCCACUCUAUCAGUGCAUGCACCCACUCUAUCAGUGCAUGCACCCACUCUAUCAGUGCAUGCACCCACUCUAUCAGUGCAUGCACCCACUCUAUCAGUGCAUGCACCCACUCUAUCAGUGCAUGCACCCACUCUAUCAGUGCAUGCACCCACUCUAUCAGUGCAUGCACCCACUCUAUCAGUGCAUGCACCCACUCUAUCAGUGCAUGCACCCACUCUAUCAGUGCAUGCACCCACUCUAUCAGUGCAUGCACCCACUCUAUCAGUGCAUGCACCCACUCUAUCAGUGCAUGCACCCACUCUAUCAGUGCAUGCACCCACUCUAUCAGUGCAUGCACCCACUCUAUCAGUGCAUGCACCCACUCUAUCAGUGCAUGCACCCACUCUAUCAGUGCAUGCACCCACUCUAUCAGUGCAUGCACCCACUCUAUCAGUGCAUGCACCCACUCUAUCAGUGCAUGCACCCACUCUAUCAGUGCAUGCACCCACUCUAUCAGUGCAUGCACCCACUCUAUCAGUGCAUGCACCCACUCUAUCAGUGCAUGCACCCACUCUAUCAGUGCAUGCACCCACUCUAUCAGUGCAUGCACCCACUCUAUCAGUGCAUGCACCCACUCUAUCAGUGCAUGCACCCACUCUAUCAGUGCAUGCACCCACUCUAUCAGUGCAUGCACCCACUCUAUCAGUGCAUGCACCCACUCUAUCAGUGCAUGCACCCACUCUAUCAGUGCAUGCACCCACUCUAUCAGUGCAUGCACCCACUCUAUCAGUGCAUGCACCCACUCUAUCAGUGCAUGCACCCACUCUAUCAGUGCAUGCACCCACUCUAUCAGUGCAUGCACCCACUCUAUCAGUGCAUGCACCCACUCUAUCAGUGCAUGCACCCACUCUAUCAGUGCAUGCACCCACUCUAUCAGUGCAUGCACCCACUCUAUCAGUGCAUGCACCCACUCUAUCAGUGCAUGCACCCACUCUAUCAGUGCAUGCACCCACUCUAUCAGUGCAUGCACCCACUCUAUCAGUGCAUGCACCCACUCUAUCAGUGCAUGCACCCACUCUAUCAGUGCAUGCACCCACUCUAUCAGUGCAUGCACCCACUCUAUCAGUGCAUGCACCCACUCUAUCAGUGCAUGCACCCACUCUAUCAGUGCAUGCACCCACUCUAUCAGUGCAUGCACCCACUCUAUCAGUGCAUGCACCCACUCUAUCAGUGCAUGCACCCACUCUAUCAGUGCAUGCACCCACUCUAUCAGUGCAUGCACCCACUCUAUCACUGCAUGCACCCACUCUAUCAGUGCAUGCACCCACUCUAUCAGUGCAUGCACCCACUCUAUCAGUGCAUGCACCCACUCUAUCAGUGCAUGCACCCACUCUAUCAGUGCAUGCACCCACUCUAUCAGUGCAUGCACCCACUCUAUCAGUGCAUGCACCCACUCUAUCAGUGCAUGCACCCACUCUAUCAGUGCAUGCACCCACUCUAUCAGUGCAUGCACCCACUCUAUCAGUGCAUGCACCCACUCUAUCAGUGCAUGCACCCACUCUAUCAGUGCAUGCACCCACUCUAUCAGUGCAUGCACCCACUCUAUCAGUGCAUGCACCCACUCUAUCAGUGCAUGCACCCACUCUAUCAGUGCAUGCACCCACUCUAUCAGUGCAUGCACCCACUCUAUCAGUGCAUGCACCCACUCUAUCAGUGCAUGCACCCACUCUAUCAGUGCAUGCACCCACUCUAUCAGUGCAUGCACCCACUCUAUCAGUGCAUGCACCCACUCUAUCACUGCAUGCACCCACUCUAUCACUGCAUGCACCCACUCUAUCACUGCAUGCACCCACUCUAUCACUGCAUGCACCCACUCUAUCAGUGCAUGCACCCACUCUAUCACUGCAUGCACCCACUCUAUCACUGCAUGCACCCACUCUAUCAGUGCAUGCACCCACUCUAUCAGUGCAUGCACCCACUCUAUCACUGCAUGCACCCACUCUAUCAGUGCAUGCACCCACUCUAUCAGUGCAUGCACCCACUCUAUCACUGCAUGCACCCACUCUAUCAGUGCAUGCACCCACUCUAUCAGUGCAUGCACCCACUCUAUCAGUGCAUGCACCCACUCUAUCAGUGCAUGCACCCACUCUAUCAGUGCAUGCACCCACUCUAUCACUGCAUGCACCCACUCUAUCAGUGCAUGCACCCACUCUAUCAGUGCAUGCACCCACUCUAUCACUGCAUGCACCCACUCUAUCAGUGCAUGCACCCACUCUAUCAGUGCAUGCACCCACUCUAUCAGUGCAUGCACCCACUCUAUCAGUGCAUGCACCCACUCUAUCAGUGCAUGCACCCACUCUAUCAGUGCAUGCACCCACUCUAUCACUGCAUGCACCCACUCUAUCAGUGCAUGCACCCACUCUAUCACUGCAUGCACCCACUCUAUCAAUGCAUUCAGGCACCCACCUCUAUCAGCUGCAUGCACUCCACUCUAUCACGUGCAUGCACCCACUCUAUCAGCUGCAUGCACCCACUCUAUCAGUGCAUGCACCCACUCUAUCAGUGCAUGCACCCACUCUAUCAGUGCAUGCCACCCACUCUAUCAGUGCAUUCACCCCACUCUAUCACUGCAUGCACCCACUCUAUCACUGCAUGCACCCACUCUAUCAGCUGCAUGCACCCACUCUAUCAGUGCAUGCACCCACUCUAUCAGUGCAUGCACCCACUCUAUCAGUGCAUGCACCCACUCUAUCAGUGCAUGCACCCACUCUAUCACUGCAUGCACCCACACUAUCACUGCAUGCACCCACACUAUCAGUGCAUGCACCCACUCUAUCACUGCAUGCACCCACUCUAUCAGUGCAUGCACCCACUCUAUCAGUGCAUGCACCCACUCUACCAGUGCAUGCACCCACUCUAUCAGUGCAUGCACCCACUCUAUCAGUGGCAUGCACCACUUUAUCAUGCAUGCACCCACUCUAUCAGUGCAUGCACCCACUCUAUCAGUGCAUGCACCCACUCUAUCAGUGCAUGCACCCACUCUAUCAGUGCAUGCACCCACUCUAUCAGUGCAUGCACCCACUCUAUCCAGUGCAUGCACCCACUCUAUCAGUGCAUGCACCCACUCUAUCAGUGCAUGCACCCACUCUAUCAGUGCAUGCACCCACUCUAUCAGUGCAUGCACCCACUCUAUCACUGCAUGCACCCACUCUAUCACUGCAUGCACCCACUCUAUCAGUGCAUGCACCCACUCUAUCAGUGCAUGCACCCACUCUAUCAGUGCAUGCACCCACUCUAUCAGUGCAUGCACCCACUCUAUCACUGCAUGCACCCACUCUAUCACUGCAUGCACCCACUCUAUCACUGCAUGCACCCACUCUAUCAGUGCAUGCACCCACUCUAUCAGUGCAUGCACCCACUCUAUCAGUGCAUGCACCCACUCUAUCAGUGCAUGCACCCACUCUAUCAGUGCAUGCACCCACUCUAUCACUGCAUGCACCCACUCUAUCACUGCAUGCACCCACUCUAUCAGUGCAUGCACCCACUCUAUCACUGCAUGCACCCACUCUAUCACUGCAUGCACCCACUCUAUCAUGCAUGCCACCCACUCUAUCACGUGCAUGCACCCACUCAUCAGUGCAUGCACCUUCACCUCUAUCAGGUGCAUGCACCACUCUAUCAGUGCAUGCACCCACUCUAUCACUGCAUGCACCCACUCUAUCAGUGCAUGCACCCACUCUAUCAGUGCAUGCACCCACUCUAUCACUGCAUGCACCCACUCUAUCAGUGCAUGCACCCACUCUAUCAGUGCAUGCACCCACUCUAUCAGUGCAUGCACCCACUCUACCAGUGCAUGCACCCACUCUAUCAGUGCAUGCACCCACUCUAUCAGUGCAUGCACCCACUCUAUCAGUGCAUGCACCCACUCUAUCAGUGCAUGCACCCACUCUAUCAGUGCAUGCACCCACUCUAUCAGUGCCAUGCACCCACUCUAUCAUGCAUGCACCCACUCUAUCAGUGCAUGCACCCACUCUAUCAGUGCAUGCACCCACUCUAUCAGUGCAUGCACCCACUCUAUCAGUGCAUGCACCCACUCUAUCAGUGCAUGCACCCACUCUAUCACUGCAUGCACCCACUCUAUCAGUGCAUGCACCCACUCUAUCAGUGCAUGCACCCACUCUAUCAGUGCAUGCACCCACUCUAUCACUGCAUGCACCCACUCUAUCAGUGCAUGCACCCACUCUAUCAGUGCAUGCACCCACUCUAUCAGUGCAUGCACCCACUCUAUCACUGCAUGCACCCACUCUAUCAGUGCAUGGCACCACUCUAUCAGUGCAUGCACCCACUCUAUCAGUGCAUGCACCCACUCUAUCAGUGCAUGCACCCACUCUAUCACUGCAUGCACCCACUCUAUUCAUGCAUGCACCCACUCUAUCAGUGAAUGCACCCACUCUAUCAGUGCAUGCACCCACUCUAUCAGUGCAUGCACCCACUCUAUCACUGCAUGCACCCACUCUAUCAGUGCAUGCACCCCCUCUAUCAGUGCAUGCACCCACUCUAUCAGUGCAUGCACCCACUCUAUCAGUGCAUGCACCCACUCUAUCAGUGCAUGCACCCACUCUAUCAGUGCAUGCACCCACUCUAUCACUGUGCAUGCACCACUCUAUCAGUGCAUGCACCCACUCUAUCAGUGCAUGCACCCACUCUAUCAGUGCAUGCACCCACUCUAUCACGUGCAUGCACCCACUCUAUCAGUGCAUGCACCCACUCUAUCAGUGCAUGCACCCACUCUAUCACUGCAUGCACCCCACUCUAUCAGUGCAUGCACCCACUCUAUCAGUGCAUGCACCCACUCUAUCAGUGCAUGCACCCACUCUAUCAGUGCAUGCACCCACUCUAUCAGUGCAUGCACCCCACUCUAUUCAGUGCAUGCACCCACUCUAUCAGUGCAUGCACCCACUCUAUCAGCUGCAUGCACCCACUCUAUCAGUGCAUGCACCCACUCUAUCAGUGCAUGCACCCUCUCUACCAGUGCAUGCACCCACUCUAUCAGUGCAUGCACCCACCUCUAUCAGUGCAUGCACCCACUCUAUCAGCUGCAUGCACCCACUCUAUCACUGCAUGCACCCACUCUAUCAGCUGCAUGCACCCACUCUAUCAGUGCAUGCACCCACUCUAUCAGUGCAUGCACCCACUCUAUCAUGCAUGCACCCACUCUAUCAGUGCAUGCACCCACUCUAUCAGUGCAUGCACCCACUCUAUCAGUGCAUGCACCCACUCUAUCAGUGCAUGCACCCACUCUAUCACUGCAUUGCACCCACUCUAUCAGUGCAUGCACCCACUCUAUCAGUGCAUGCACCCACUCUAUCAGUGCAUGCACCCACUCUAUCACUGCAUGCACCCACUCUAUCACUGCAUGCACCCACUCUAUCACUGCAUGCACCCACUCUAUCACUGCAUGCACCCACUCUAUCAGUGCAUGCACCCACUCUAUCAGUGCAUGCACCCACUCUAUCAGUGCAUGCACCCACUCUAUCAGUGCAUGCACCCACUCUAUCAGUGCAUGCACCCACUCUAUCAGUGCAUGCACCCACUCUAUCAGUGCAUGCACCCACUCUAUCAGUGCAUGCACCCACUCUAAUCAGUGCAUGCACCCACUCUAUCAGUGCAUGCACCCACUCUAUCAGUGCAUGCACCCACUCUAUCAGUGCAUGCACCACUCUAUCAGUGCAUGCACCCACUCUAUCAGUGCAUGCACCCACUCUAUCAGUGCAUGCACCCACUCUAUCAGUGCAUGCACCCACUCUAUCAGUGCAUGCACCCACUCUAUCAGUGCAUGCACCCACUCUAUCAGUGCAUGCACCCACUCUAUCAGUGCAUGCACCCACUCUAUCAGUGCAUGCACCCACUCUAUCAGUGCAUGCACCCACUCUAUCAGUGCAUGCACCCACUCUAUCAGUGCAUGCACCCACUCUAUCAGUGCAUGCACCCACUCUAUCAGUUGCAUGCACCCACUCUAAUCAGUGCAUGCACCCACUCUAUCAUGCAAUGCACCCACUCUAUCACUGCAUGCACCCCACUCUAUCAGUGCAUGCACCCACUCUAUCAGUGCAUGCACCCACUCUAUCACUGCAUGCACCCACUCUAUCAGUGCAUGCACCCACUCUAUCACUGCAUGCACCCACUCUAUCAGUGCAUGCACCCACUCUAUCAGUGCAUGCACCCACUCUAUCAGUGCAUGCACCCACUCUAUCAGUGCAUGCACCCACUCUAUCAGUGCAUGCACCCACUCUAUCAGUGCAUGCACCCACUCUAUCAGUGCAUGCACCCACUCUAUCAGCUGCAUGCACCCACUCUAUCAAUGCCACUCUAUCAGUGCAUGCACCCACUCUAUCAGUGCAUGCACCCACUCUAUCACUGCAUGCACCCACUCUUUCAGUGCAUGCACCCACUCUAUCAGUGCAUGCACCCACACUAUCAGUGCAUGCACCCACUCUACCAGUGCAUGCACCCACUCUAUCAGUGCAUGCACCCACUCUAUCAGUGGAUGCACCCACUCUAUCAGUGCAUGCACCCACUCUAUCAGUGCAUGCACCCACUCUAUCACUGCAUGCACCCACUCUAUCACUGCAUGCACCCACUCUAUCACUGCAUGCACCCACUCUAUCACUGCAUGCACCCACUCUAUCACUGCAUGCACCCCACUCUAUCAUGUGCAUGCACCCACCUCUAUCAGUGCAUGCACCCACUCUAUCAGUGCAUGCACCCACUCUAUCAGUGCAUGCACCCACUCUAUCAGUGCAUGCACCCACUCUAUCACUGCAUGCACCCACUCUAUCACUGCAUGCACCCACUCUAUCAGUGCACCCACUCUAUCACUGCAUGCACCCACUCUAUCACUGCAUGCACCCACUCUAUCACUGCAUGCACCCACUCUAUCACGUGCAUGCACCCACUCUAUCAGUGCAUGCACCCACUCUAUCAGUGCAUGCACCCACUCUAUCAGUGCAUGCACCCACUCUAUCAGUGCAUGCACCCACUCUAUCAGUGCAUGCACCCACUCUAUCAUGCAUGCAACCCACUCUAUCAGUGCAUGCACCCACUCUAUCAGUGCAUGCACCCACUCUAUCAGUGCAUGCACCCACUCUAUCAGUGCAUGCACCCACUCUAUCAGUGCAUGCACCCACUCUAUCAGUGCAUGCACCCACUCUAUCAGUGCAUGCACCCACUCUAUCAGUGCAUGCACCCACUCUAUCAGUGCAUGCACCCACUCUAUCAGUGCAUGCACCCACUCUAUCAGUGCAUGCACCCACUCUAUCAGUGCAUUGCACCACUCUAUCAGUGCAUGCACCCACUCUAUCAGUGCAUGCACCCACUCUAUCACUGCAUGCACCCACUCUAUCAGUGCAUGCAUCCACUCUAUCACUGCAUGCACCCACUCUAUCAGUGCAUGCACCCACUCUAUCAGUGCAUGCACCCACUCUAUCAGUGCAUGCACCCACUCUAUCACUGCAUGCACCCACUCUAUCAGUGCAUGCACCCACUCUAUCACUGCAUGCACCCACUCUAUCACUGCAUGCACCCACUCUAUCAGUGCAUGCACCCACUCUAUCAGUGCAUGCACCCACUCUAUCAGUGCAUGCACCCACUCUAUCAGUGCAUGCACCCACUCUAUCAGUGCAUGCACCCACUCUAUCAGUGCAUGCACCCACUCUAUCAGUGCAUGCACCCACUCUAUCACUGCAUGCACCCACUCUAUCAGUGCAUGCACCCACUCUAUCAGUGCAUGCACCCACUCUAUCAGUGCAUGCACCCACUCUAUCAGUGCAUGCACCCACUCUAUCAUUGCAUGCACCCACUCUAUCACUGCAUGCACCCACUCUAUCACUGCAUGCAACCACUCUAUCAGUGCAUGCACCCACUCUAUCAGUGCAUGCACCCACUCUAUCAGUGCAUGCACCCACUCUAUCUGUGCAUGCACCCACUCUAUCAGUGCAUGCACCCACUCUAUCACUGCAUGCACCCACUCUAUCAGUGCAUGCACCCACUCUAUCAGUGCAUGCACCCACUCUAUCAGUGCAUGCACCCACUCUAUCAGUGCAUGCACCCACUCUAUCAGUGCAUGCACCCACUCUAUCAGUGCAUGCACCCACUCUAUCAGUGCAUGCACCCACUCUAUCAGUGCAUGCACCCACUCUAUCAGUGCAUGCACCCACUCUAUCAGUGCAUGCACCCACUCUAUCAGUGCAUGCACCCACUCUAUCAGUGCAUGCACCCACUCUAUCACUGCACGCACCCACUCUAUCAGUGCAUGCACCCACUCUAUCAGUGCAUGCACCCACUCUAUCAGUGCAUGCACCCACUCUAUCAGUGCAUGCACCCACUCUAUCAGUGCAUGCACCCACUCUUUCAGUGCAUGCACCCACUCUAUCAGUGCAUGCACCCACUCUAUCACUGCAUGCACCCACUCUAUCAGUGCAUGCACCCACUCUAUCACUGCAUGCACCCACUCUAUCAGUGCAUGCACCCACUCUAUCAGUGCAUGCACCCACUCUAUCACUGCAUGCACCCACUCUAUCACUGCAUGCACCCACUCUAUCAGUGUAUGCACCCACUCUAUCAGUGCAUGCACCCACUCUAUCACUGCAUGCACCCACUCUAUCACUGCAUGCACCCACUCUAUCAGUGCAUGCACCCACUCUAUCACUGCAUGCACCCACUCUAUCAGUGCAUGCACCCACUCUAUCACUGCAUGCACCCACUCUAUCAGUGCAUGCACCCACUCUAUCAGUGCAUGCACCCACUCUAUCACUGCAUGCACCCACUCUAUCAGUGCAUGCACCCACUCUAUCAGUGCAUGCACCCACUCUAUCAGUGCAUCCACCCACUCUAUCAGUGCAUGCACCCACUCUAUCAGUGCAUGCACCCACUCUAUCAGUGCAUGCACCCACUCUAUCAGUGCAUGCACCCACUCUAUCACUGCAUGCACCCACUCUAUCACUGCAUGCACCCACUCUAUCAGUGCAUGCACCCACUCUAUCACUGCAUGCACCCACUCUAUCAGUGCAUGCACCCACUCUAUCAGUGCAUGCACCCACUCUAUCACUGCAUGCACCCACUCUAUCAGUGCAUGCACCCACUCUAUCACUGCAUGCACCCACUCUAUCACUGCAUGCACCCACUCUAUCACUGCAUGCACCCACUCUAUCACUGCAUGCACCCACUCUAUCACUGCAUGCACCCACUCUAUCAGUGCAUGCACCCACUCUAUCAUGCAUGCACCCACUCUAUCAGUGCAUGCACCCACUCUAUCAGUGCAUCCACCCACAUGCACCCACUCUAUCAGUGCAUGCACCCACUCUAUCAGUGCAUGCACCCACUCUAUCAGUGCAUGCACCCACUCUAUCACUGCAUGCACCCACUCUAUCACUGCAUGCACCCACUCUAUCAGUGCAUGCACCCACUCUAUCAGUGCAUGCACCCACUCUAUCACUGCAUGCACCCACUCUAUCACUGCAUGCACCCACUCUAUCAGUGCAUGCACCCACUCUAUCAGUGCAUGCACCCACUCUAUCAGUGCAUGCACCCACUCUAUCAGUGCAUGCACCCACUCUAUCAGUGCAUGCACCCACUCUAUCAGUGCAUGCACCCACUCUAUCAGUGCAUGCACCCACUCUAUCAGUGCAUGCACCCACUCUAUCAGUGCAUGCACCCACUCUAUCAGUGCAUGCACCCACUCUAUCACUGCAUGCACCCACUCUAUCACUGCAUGCACCCACUCUAUCAGUGCAUGCACCCACUCUAUCACUGCAUGCACCCACUCUAUCAGUGCAUGCACCCACUCUAUCACUGCAUGCACCCACUCUAUCAGUGCAGGCACCCACUCUAUCAGUGCAUGCACCCACUCUAUCACUGCAUGCACCCACUCUAUCACUGCAUGCACCCACUCUAUCAGUGUAUGCACCCACUCUAUCAGUGCAUGCACCCACUCUAUCACUGCAUGCACCCACUCUAUCACUGCAUGCACCCACUCUAUCAGUGCAUGCACCCACUCUAUCACUGCAUGCACCCACUCUAUCAGUGCAUGCACCCACUCUAUCAGUGCAUGCACCCACUCUAUCAGUGCAUGCACCCACUCUAUCACUGCAUGCACCCACUCUAUCACUGCAUGCACCCACUCUAUCACUGCAUGCACCCACUCUAUCACUGCAUGCACCCACUCUAUCAGUGCAUGCACCCACUCUAUCACCUGCACUGAAGUACCCAUGGCUGUUCCCCUCGCACUCUCUCUUCGCCCGCCUCCCCUUCCUCCUGCCCUGCCUGCUGCUCGCCCUCCUCUCCCUCCUCGGCCUCCUCGCCACCGCUGCGCUGCUGCCAGAGACCAAGGGGUGGGCUCACCGGGUGGUUGACAUAGACCGUGAGAUUCGAUCUGAUGAUGCUCAUAGUCCUGUGACUCCUGUCUGUUCCGGUGGUGGUAGCAGUGGUGGCAGUCUCGCUGCCAGUGCGGCUGCUGCACUGCUGCCAGAGACCAAGGGGUGGGCACACCCUGUGGUUGACAUAGACCAAGAGCGAGGAGAAGAGGAGGGGGAGGAGGAAGGGGAGGAGAAGGAAGCGAGGAAGCUUGGAUGGGAGGAAGAAGGGAAGGAUGGGGAAGGGUGUGGAGAAUUGAGAGGAGGAAGAGAGGGAGCUGAGGCAGGAGCAGGGCAGUCAAGAGGGAGUGGCGGGAUGUGGGGUACGAGCUUAGGAGAGGGUGAACGGCCAGAGGCCACAGGGGGAAGAGAAGCAGGCGGAGGAGGGGGAGAAAGGGGAGGAGGGUGGGGGAAGUAUGAUGAGGAGCGGGCAUGCAUGGUAGCUGACAACAGAGGGCACCUGAAGGAUCACCUGGGUGGGAAACAGCUGGAUGGGGAUCAUUUGAGGGAGCCACUACUUGAAUCAAGAGAGAGAGGAGGGGAGCUGCAGGAAACCGGAGUUGAUACUGACAGCUCUGCCACUGCUAAUGACUUCUGCUCCCCCUCCUCCCGUUUCUCCUCCUCCUCCCUUUUCUCCCCCUCCUCCCGUUUCUCCUCGUCCCGUUUCUCCUCCUCCCGUUCCUCUUCCCUCCUUUGCUGCUACUGCCUGCCCAAGCUGCAGUGUCUCUGCUGCUGCUGCCUCCCAUCCCCCUCUCUCUCCCCGGUGAACCUCUUCUCGCCUCUCUGUGGCCACCACCUCGCACGCGCUCUCUUUGAUUCUGCCACUGGUACCUCUCCCCACUCCUCUGAACCUCUUUAG